GUGGGGACAGAGCGCGCACGGAGAGACAAUAAAAUACACGAUCUCGGGAUGCGCAAAGACACAGAUGAGAAACAUCGACCACCUUAGAUUCGUGGAGAGAUCUGCGAUUGUGAGAGCGCAGAUUUAUAAAGUAAAACACUUAUCCCCGGAGGCUCAACUGUCACAAUAUGGAGAACAUCUCGAACCCCCUCAACCCAAAUCCGACAUGCAACUACAGCAUGGACUUAUAUUAUAACAACUCUCCCAAUCGGAGCGAUUUGAACUGUACGCAGCCGGCUGAGUACUUAUUUUACGCAGACUUGUAUGUAGUUAUGCCCGUGAUUUACUCCGUGAUAUGUGCAGUAGGUCUGACGGGCAACACGGCGGUCAUCUAUGUGAUCCUCAAAGCGCCCAAAAUGAAGACGGUGACCAACAUGUUCAUUCUCAACUUGGCAAUCGCAGAUGACCUCUUCACUUUAGUGUUGCCCAUCAACAUAGCGGAGCAUCUUUUGCACUACUGGCCGUUCGGUGAGGUACUUUGCAAAAUAAUUUUAAGCAUCGACCACUACAACAUCUUCUCAAGCAUCUACUUUCUGACGGUUAUGAGUGUGGACCGGUACCUGGUGGUUCUGUCGACGGUGCACUCCAAGCGCAUGCCGUACCGAACGUACAGGGCAGCGAAGAUAGUCAGUUUGUGCGUGUGGCUACUGGUUAUCCUCAUCGUCAUGCCCUUCACAGUGUUCGCAGGUGUAUACAUCAGUCCCGACGACUCGGAUAGGAAAAGCUGCGUUCUGAGUUUCCCCAGUCCUGAAAGUGUGUGGUUCAAGGCGAGCCGGAUUUAUACCCUCAUACUGGGCUUUGCCAUUCCGGUUUCUACAAUUUGCAUCCUUUACACCAUGAUGCUGUACAAACUAAGAAAUAUGCGUCUGAACACCAACGCCAAAGCACUGGACAAAGCAAAGAAGAAAGUGACUAUCAUGGUGUUUAUCGUGCUGGCCGUGUGCCUGUUCUGUUGGACACCUUUCCACCUCAGCACCAUCGUAGCGCUGACCACAGACCUGCGGACCACGCCGCUUCUCAUCGGGAUCUCGUAUUUUAUCACCAGUCUGAGUUACGCCAACUCCUGUUUAAACCCAUUUCUUUACGCCUUCCUGGACGACAGCUUCAGAAAAGCCUUCAAGAAGAUGUUAGAAUGUAGACCUGCGUGA